AUGCGAAAAGUUGCGAACUUAUCCAUGCAAAGAAAAAACUCACUACGAGAACAGCUCCAGUGGCUCGCAGAUUUCGUUGGCAAGGACGAGAAUGGGGAGGGAUGCACUGUAUGUGCAGCUAUCGAGGUGAUUGAAGCACAUUGUCAACAACUCAAGGAUGAGCUGGCCGCAAAGGAAGAAGAGCUGGGGUCAGCUGCACAAAAGGUUUCGAUGGUUUCUGAACGUUUAGAAAUGGAAUUGGCGGCUAAGCAGGCUCUUCAAGCUAAAUACAACUGUGUCAAGGCUGAUCACCAAAAAUUUCUUCUCCGGCAAAAAGUCGAAGAACUUGAGGAUCUUGCGUUGAUUAGAGCACUUUGUCGAGAGCUCAAAGAUAAGCAGGACGCAAUGGAAACUCUUCAAGCUAAAUACGACCGUGUCAAGGCUGAUCAACAAAAGCUCAAAGAAACAAUUGCGAAACAGAAGGGGGUCGGCCAAAUGAUCGUCGAUGUUCUGAAGAAGCAAGGGCCAAGGACUCGCGGACGCUUCAAACUUCUUCUGAGAAACAACUCACUACAAGAACGGUUCCAAUAUCUCACAGUCAUGAUGGACGAGACUGAGAAUGAGCUCAUGUCUUUGAUGGAACAAAACGAAGAUCUUCGUCAAAAGAACGAUUACCUGGAGGCUGAUAAAAGAAGUUACGACAGGAUGUUGAAAUUCUGGAGGGAAGUCAUCAACUUCUCGCGGAUAUCGAAGGAUGAGCCAGUGGAGAAGAAAGAAAUGUCUGAUGCUAAUGUUCAAACUGAAGACUUCGGACAUCUCGAGGAUGGAUGGACCUUGUGUACAACUAUCGAGGUAAAGUUGAUUGGAGCACUUUGUCGACAACUCAAGGAUAAACAGGCCGCAAUGGAAGCUCUUCAAGCUGAUUACGACCGUGUCAAGGCUGAUCAACAAAAGUCCCUUCUCCGGGAAUUACGCGACCAGCAGGAAUUCGAAGAACUUGUGGAUCUUUAUCGGAAGGCUGCUGAGCAUGAGAAGCUCCGCGGUGGAAUGGAAAAUCAAGGUCUGUUCGCGUUUUGGAGCAAUGGAGUUUUGGAUCAAACGUUUCGAUCGCUUGAGGAUUCGUUCGAAGAAGCGAUUGCGAAACAAAGCGAGAUCGGCGCGCUUGGGAGCAAUGGAGUUUUGGAUCAAACGUUUCGAUCGCUUGAGGAUUCGCUGCAAGAAGCGACUGCGAAACAAAACGAAGUUGACCAAAUGAUCGUCGAUGUUCGGAAGAAGCAAAAGCCAAGGAUCUGCGGAUGCUACAGACCUCUUCUGUCCAAUACAUCUAAAAUUUGCUUCCGUUGCAACGAGGCAAUGAGUGGAGCAAUCGGGUCGCGAAUCGAAGUUGGGCCCUGUGGUUGCGAGGAGAGCAUGCAGUUGCGGCAUAGAAAUAACUCACUACAAGAACAGCUCCAAUAUCUCACGGAUGUCGUUGGCAAGGAUGAGACUGAGGGCGAUCACAUGUCUUUGAUGGAACAAAACGAAGAUCUUCGUCAAAAGAAUUAUCAUCUGGAUGCUGAUAACAAGAAGUUACGACAGGAUGUUGAAAUUCUGGAGGGAAGUCAUCAACUUCUCGCGGAUAUCGUGAACAACGCCUUUAUCGAUUCGUCGGAGCCAUUUAGGAAGGAUGAGCCAGUGGAGAAGAAAGAAUUGUCUGACGCUCAAACUGAAGUCUUCGGACGUCUCGAGGAUGGAUUCCCUGUGUGUACAACUAUCAAGAUGAUUGAAGCACUUUAUCAAGAACUCAAGGAUAAGCAGGCCGCAAUGGAAAAAGAGCUGGGGUCAGCUACACAAAAAAUGGCGAGGGUUUUUGAACGCUUAGAAAUGGAAUUGAAGGCUAAACAGGCUCUUCAAGCUGAUUACGACCGUGUCAAGGCUGAUCAACAAAAGUUACUUCUCCGGGAAGAACGCUACAAGCAAGAAUUCGAAGAACUUGAGGAUCUUUAUCGGAAAACUGCUGAGCAAAAUGAGAAGCUCCGCGAUGAAAUGGAAAAUCAAAGGCUGGACGCGUUUGGGAGCAAUGGAGUUUUGGAUCAAACGUUUCGAUCGCUUGAGGAUUCGCUGCAAGAAGCGACUGCGAAACAAAACGAAGUUGACCAAAUGAUCGUCGAUGUUCGGAGAAGCAAGAGCCAAGCUGAUGAAAUUCUGAAGGGAAGUCAUCAACUUCUCGCGGAUAUCAUGAACAACGCCUUUAUUCUUUCGUCGAAGCCAUUUAGAAAGGAUGAGCCAACGGAGAAGAAAGUAGGAGCGUUUUCGCUCGAAGAAGCUAUUGCGAAACAAAACGAGUUCGACCAAAGGAUCGUCAAUGUUCUGAAGAAGCAAGAGCCAGGAUGCUUCCAAUCUCUUCUGGUGGGCUUCUUGGUGAUCGUCAUAGUCUUCUUCGCCUCGCUCGCUUCCGUUCCCGUCGACUCAACCGACCCAAAUGCGCUUUAUGAUCGACAUCACUACAUC